AUGGCGGCACAACUCUGAACACACUACAAACCACUUAACUGUACUUUUAAAACAGGUGAACGAUGUGUACAUAUACCUCAGAUAAGGCUGUUUUUAAACAUGUAAAGGUGUCUUAUGAGUGACAGUCAAGACAAAGGGUCUUCUUCUGUUGGUGUCACAGGAAGUGACACAGAGCAUAACCCCCAGCACCGCCCAGCAACUGCUCAGCUCCUUCCUGACCCUGCAGAUGGGCUUCUGUGGACCCUUCAUGUCAGUGGGAUCAUUUGUGGUCCUUUGUGCCCAGCUCCUCUCACCACGUGUUUGUGAGGUUCGUCCAGGUUGUGGUGAGUGUCCCAGUCCCGCCCCCUCAUGGCCGAUCACACUCCACUGUGUGAAUGGACGUAGCCAUCCAUCCAUCAAUGGCAUGUGGGCGGCUCCCACUUUUUGGCUGCUGUGAACAUGGAUGUACAGUUUUGUGUGGAAGAGGGCCACCUAGGGACGCCACUCGGCACAGCACGGCAGAUGUCGUGGGCCGAGCCGAGCAGGUGCUGUUGCCACCGAGAACGAGCCUGACCGUCCAGCGCUAGCACACAGGGAACACCAGACAACGUGUCCCGGGAAAGGGGGACGCGCAGGACGAGUCCUGCCCCUUCAAACAAGUUGACAACAGCCUGCUCAGUGCAGAGCUGGGACCGUGUAAAGAGAAAAUGAGAUGAGGAGUGACGAGGGUGCAUCCCCGAGUUGGACACCCACCCCCGACUGACCGAGAGCUGUAACUGUUUUCCAUGAGCACAGAACAACUGAAGGAGAAGGUAAGGCUGGAAGCAGGGCCCUCUCCCUCCAGAGCGGGACCCCUAGCUGGGCCGUGUACGAACCCCGACCCCAGGCAGAGAGCUGGAGUCUUCGCACAGGCCGGCGCUGCCGGGAUGAGCUCCCGCAACAUGUCCUGGGUACGCUACCCGAGCCGCGUCUCCGCAGCAGUAGAAGACGUCAUCGCCUCACAGGGCAUCAUCUCCAGGUGUGCGCAAGUCUAUGUGGCUCUGCUCGUCCCAGUGAGCUUGCUAACCGGACUGUUCAACUUGACCACCUUCAUUCGGGGCCGUGCCAGGCUGGGGCGCCUGGAUGCGUUCCUCGCAGACCUCACUGUCACCAACGUGCUGGUGACGCUGCUCUCACUCACCGCUGCCAACCGGCCGGACUACCUGGCCACAAGCCACCUGGGCUGUGCCGCCCUCUCCUUUCUGUCCAACGUCUGCUAUUUCAAUGCCCAGUAUGUGCAGCUGGCCAUGCUCUUUGUGUUCCUGCGGCAGGGCCCCUCGUCCUGUCUGCGCAUGGACACCAAGGGGGCCACUGGGCCUGUGUGGGGCCUGGCCGCCCUUGGGGGCUGUGCCCUCUGCAGCUCCCUGGGAGUGGUGUCCCUGCUGGGCACGUCCGGGGAGCUGCACAGACCCACUCUGUGCCAGCUGGACCCUCUGACCGCCUGGCCGGAGUAUGAAAUUGUCAAGGUUGGCCUGGGCUGCGGGCUUGCGCUCAUCCUGGAGCUGGCAUUCCUCACUCUGCUGGCCGUCCAGUGGCCCCGGAGGGACGCAGGCUCUGCUCACCCAGCAGUGGUGGCCAUCGCCCUGACCACAUUCGCCUGCCGACUCCCCUACAACAUCGCCCUCUUGCAACGGGCCCGGCUGAAGCUGCAGGAGGACAUCGGCUCGCCCAAGGACGAGCUCCUCUUGAGCCUUGCGGAGCUGGCCCUGUUUGGGGAGAGCUGCGUGAACUCCUUGGUGACCCUCUUCCUCCACAAACCCUGCAGGCUGGCACUGCUGACCCUUGCAGGGCGUCUCUUCGGAAGGUGCAGGAGAGGAGGGAGGCCAGCAGCGGCUUCUCCUUCCAGUGAGGAUGGAGUGAGGUCCGAGCCCCGCCCACCGGAAAUGGGCCUGACCGGCAGGUGAGGGACGUUCCUGGCAGCUGGGGAACACUGUGUAUUUGCUGGAACUCAGUGUGCCGGUGGGGGGGACAGGACCGGAAGACACGUAUUAAAUACUAGCUUUCUGGCACUCGACUCGAUUUACGCAUGAGGCCUUGGCCCAAACCAACACACUAAAGGACGCCCCACAAGUGAAGGGGGCGGAGGACGUGGGAGAAGCCACCACUCCCAGGCAGAGUGGGUGGGGAUGCGUGGCACGGUGGAGGGGGUCCGGCUUGGCCUGCCUGCUGGCUGGCGUCUUUCUCUGGCUCUACCCCAACCAAACAACCAAGAAGGAACUGAGAGAAAAAGGCACAAUUCGAGACACUUUAUGAUCUGGUCCUAAGUGGUCGUAGUUGCUUAAUCUUCAGCUACCACGUAAAUCUUGCCAAGUACGAACAAGGUUUGUGUCUGUAAGUUUAUCAUCCUCACUGAGGUCCGAGAACCACGCACACAGCCUUAUAAGCACUACCAGGAUGGGCGUGAGCCCCCGACAGCCCUCCUUGCUUCUGUCACCUGGCAGGCCACGUGCCCAUCGCCAGGGGCUCUGGGAAGGGCAGUGAAAAGCUGCUCCCAAAGCACCAUCUGUUCUAUUUGAUGUGUUGUCAGAAAGGCCAGGAACACAUGAAAAUAACGGCACGAAGUGCGGUAAUUGAUCGUACUCUAAAAGGUCAUCAUCAUUCUACCUGGAUUUAAGAUUUUCAGGGUUGAAUAGAGAAGAGACAGGCAAAGGAAAGGGCUCUCUGGGCUUUGUGGAACCUACGCCUACAGAGCUUCAUUUUUUUUUUUUUUAUUACGACCACUUUUCAAGAGCAUGUUUAGGUUUGCCAUAAAAUUAAGAGGAAUUCAGAGGUUUCCCCUCCCCCGCCCUCGCGCAGCCUCCUCACAACCAACCUCCCCACCAGACGGUGCACUGGGUAUGUUGGAAGAGCCUGCACUGUCACAUCACUGUCACCCAGAGUCCGCAGCUUACAUUACCAUCACUCUUGGUGUACGGGAUGAAUAAUGACACGCGCCUACCACAGCAUCCUAGACUAACGACCCCAACAUCUCUGUGCCCCAUCUUCUCCCCCAGCCCCACCCCACAACCUGAUCUCACUGUCCCCAUAGUUUCGUCUUUUCCAGAACGUCGUACAGUUGGGAUGACACAGUGUGUAGCUUUUUCAGAUUAGCUUCUUCCACUUCGUAACAUGCAUUCAAGUUUCCUCCAUGUCUUUCCAUGGCUGAUGGCUCAUUUCUUUUUAGCACUGAGUAAUAGUCCAUUGUCUGGACUGUCUACUUUAAUGAGUAUUUUAAUGUUAAUCUGAAAACUAAAGAACAAAAAAUGCCUUUGUGAGUUUAUCUUUUCCAUGUUUACAUAUUUAUAUUCCUUUUUGGAAGAAUGAGGAUUUGGAUCUUAUACAUAUAAGUAGCUUCUCUAAUAUACCAUUAAAAUAUUAAAUGCUUUCAAAAAAACUCCCCUUCUACUUCUUCUUCACUUCUCACGUAUUGAUAAAAUAUGUCUCACGUGCGACACAUGCAUGGGCUGGUGUGCUCACGCAUGCCCACGCGGGGACAGAGGAAGCACAGGUGACACAGUGGGUCACGUGGAGAGUGACAUUGUCCUCCACCAGCACCGUCCACACGGACAAGCAGCGUCAGGCUGAGUGUGAAGCUGCUGCUUCGUGUGGUGCAGGCAUUCUCAGUAGCCGCUGGACGUUGUGAACGUUCCCUGCUCACCGUUUGAACUUCACUGUCCUUUCUGAAGGUACUUGUAAUGACUCCGGCAAGCACCUCAGCACUUGUAGGUCAGCGCGAUUCUUCCGAGGGUUGUUGUGAAGCUUUGUGGUCAGGUCUCCAGCAGCCUGAAUACUUAGAUGCCCUGUUCGGGUCCCUACUUGUUCCCAUAAAUGUUCAAUGGCGUCCUGUGGUCUGGCUGGUGCAGGUGAAACGCUGGCCAGCCGGCCCUCCGGAGCUCUGGGGGUCGCUGCGCUCCUGCUGGUCGGUCGGGAGCAUCUUCAUGCCCUGUGAGCACAGAUUCAGCCAAAGGCUCCAGGGAUUGCCACCCAGGCCUCGGGAGGGCUUUGUCACCGCAGCUCCCUCCUCUCCAGUGCUGUGCCCUGCCAGUGCGACUGCCUCGGCCCCCAGAAAGAAAGCCCAUCACUGCCCCUCCACCUGGCAGACCCUCCUGUGCUGUUGGGACGGGCCCGAUGGCACCGGGUCCCCACACUGACCCCUCUCACGUGAAAGUCCUGCACCGACUAUGGCUCCAGUGUAUGAAAACAGCUGUCUCAUGUUUCAGCUGGUUUUUAAUGGUUUACGGCAGGAGUACAAGUUCCUUUGAAUUACUCAUGCGUGGCCAGAACUGGAAGGACCUAAAUUAAUGUAUAAAAACACAAGGACAGAUGCCAACAGCUUGCUAGUUUCAAAAGUAAACAAGGUGAUUGAAAGUUCACAUGCACAAGGGGCUCCUUGGGGAAAUGGCUGGUCCUAGGACUGGGCAGCAAAUGUACAAGGUGAGCCUGGAGAAUUCGACCCCACUGAGUUUCUAAGUAUUUCAGCUAAAAAGGAAUACUUUAGAAACCACCACAAGAAUGGAAAUCAGUGGUCUUCACACAUUUUCUUUUCGGCAGUAGGGUCCUUUCUUUAAGCAAAAGCCCAAUAUUGGAGGCAUGAAAGAGGCCCUGCUGCUGCGAGCGGGCGGGGAGCCCAAGUGUUCCCACACCAGGGUGCCCAGACCCCAACAACCGGACCCACGGGACCCAUGACUGACCCAGUUACCCCUCACCCUGUGACAGACUGGACACUGAGAACAGCCACUUUUCAAAGACAGAGCCACGAGAAAGCUCUGGAGCCAAAAGAACCAGGACAACUCGGAGGAGGUGGCUUUCUAGCCAUGGGAGCACGCUCGAACCCCGAAGAGAACGUCUACAAGAAAACUCAACUUUAAAAAGACAAAUGAGAACUGAUGGGAGGCGGGGGGAGAAGCCACUUCCCGUGGCUCCUGAGCCUCCCUGAGGACGGAGCUCGGGGAUCACUUCAGGUGCAGCUGGGACAAGGACCCUGGUAUUCAGCCUGGCAUUCAGCCUGGCAUCCCAGAACGCUCUACCCAUAAGCACCCCCCGGGAACUGGAUGGACCCUCCCCCGGCAGAACCCGGUGUGCACCAUCGGUCUGCGCUCCCGCGAAGAGUAACUCGUGCUCAUUGGACUGAAAUUCCUAAAAUUGGGGUCCGGUUGCCUAUACUAACCAGUCACGUGCGGACUGACAAGUUAUUUAACCACCCAGGGCCCUAAUGGGAUGGUGGCCCUAAGAAGUUGUAAGCACAAAACCAGCAAACAAGCCACAGGACCAUCCGCCCCAAAGUGAAUUCCACAGAAAAUGCGAAGCUGCAGUGGUGGCGUGCUCGCCGGGGACAGCCGUGGAAGUGCAAGAGACAGUAGUUUUCCUGGGAUCUCCAAACCCGCCCCCACAUUACUUCAGAAGGCUGCUAUUCGACUAUUAGAAAAAAACAAGGCGUCCGUCAGUGUGAGGAUGACUCACUGGCCGGUCCCCAUUUAGACGCGGCGGCUCUGGGGGCCGGCGGGAGGAGACGGGCGCUUCCUCCGCUUCAUUCUUGUGCCCCAGCCCAGUGACCACUGUCGCCAAGACGAUACGCCUCCGGCGGCCUUGGCGGACAGCCCUGCAAA